CGCACGACCUCUGGACGCGACUCACCCUCGCCGGUUCGCCUCAACCCGCGCCGUCGCGCACGCUCCCCCGCCGCCACUCAACCUCGCACCCUCGCCGGCGCGCCCGGCGUCUCUACCCGAGGCCCCGAGCACGCCCCCCCAUCCCCACCCCCACCUCCCUCGCCUCCACCCAUCCUCGCCGGCGCCCCGUUACCCGAGCUCGCCCCUUCGGCCGCUCAACCUAGCGGCCUCGCCGUCCUCCGUCCGCCGUGCUCUCCACUCAUAGGUCGCCCGCCCGCCCGCCUGUAUCUGAUCCACCAGGGCACCUCGCCUCCGGCCUCUACUUCCAGCUUCCUGGUGCCCCGACGCCGACAUCAGCUACCUGAACAAAUUCGGCAUCCUGGUCUCCCGACAACCGAACCGAAUUUCCGGUUGUCCUGCGAAUGGGUGGUGGGAGCUGCGAUGUGUGCAAGGAGGCGCCGUCCAAGUACAAGUGCCCCACUUGCCGCACGCCCUAUUGCUCUGUGAUAUGCUUUAAAAAACACAAAGUUGAAUUCUGCCAAAAGAUAGUGCCCCAGGAAGAAACUAACAAGCCGUCGCUGCAGGAGGAAGUUACGACGAGCUCUGUGUUGCUUGAAAAAGGAACAGAUUAUCCUAAUAUCAAGGAUCAGCUUCCCUCUUUAAGUAAAAACCCUGAUGAGGACCAGCUUCCCUCUUUAGCGGACACAACAUGCCCUGCACAAUCUCCAAACACAGUGUGCCCUACAAAAGCUCUUGAAGUUGAGGAUCCAAGCUGGCUUGUUGACCGGAAUAGAUUAAGGUCCUUAGUUGAAUUAAAUGAAGUCAAGGAUGCUCUCAGGGACUCUGAACUGCAGAAAAUGAUACUUCAAAUUGAUGGCUCUUCAGAACCAGAAAAGGAAUUGGAGAAAUUGAUGGAAGGACAAGCUUUUCAACAGUUCGCCAAUAAGAUUCUUGACAUUAUUAGUGCACAACAAUGAGCAAGUAUCCAUCUGCUGAAGCUCUCCCACCAGAGAGAAUGGAGACAUCCGGGCAAAAUGAGACCAGAGCAGCUAUUUGGAGAAGUUAAAUCAUCCUAUAAGAUAUUUCUCACAGCGGUGUUGGGGUGUGUUUUGUAAAAUAUUCUUUGCUGCAUUAUAUGGUUGGAAAAAAACUUGAAAUCUGACACAUGUAGUAGGAAUUUCGUCAAGCAAAAACAUCUUAGAA